AAACGCGCACAGCCAGACGAUGACAAUGGUGGCAAUGUUGGGGCGACGAGAGCAGUUGGCGCUACUGUUGUUGGCUAUUUUUGCCUUUCAACAAUCUGAAGGACUCUUUAAGAAGCUGAUCACCAUUGAAAACGAUGGCAUUGAUGAGGAGAGCAGCGAGCAUGUUAAUAUAAGAUUUCCGACAGUCAGAUUCCUUAAACCAUUUAAUAUUUUUGAAAAGAAAAAGGAUACUUUGGGCUCCUUAAUAGAAAAUAAAUUAGAGAAAUGGGAGGAGAAAAAGGAAAAAUUCGAUGAAAAGUUAUUGGAGUUAUUUGACUUUUUCAAAGAAAAAGAGCACGCCAAGUUUGAAAAGAAGACUGAUUUGAAACCGCCAGCACCGCAGCCUGUUCCAGUACCAACACCAGCACCAGCAUUAUAUCCCGCACCAGCUCCAUAUCAUGCUCCAGCACCAGUCUAUGGACCGCAGCCAGCACCGCAGCCGGUUCCAGCACCAGUCUAUGGACCGCAGCCAGCACCGCAGCCGGCUCCAGCACCAGUCUAUGGACCGCAGCCGGCACCAGCGCCGUCAUACCGGACACCUGCACCCGCACCUGUCUACAAAGCGCGACCAGCACCCGCUGCCGCACCAGCUUAUGAACCACCAUCUGCAUAUAGUCAUUAUCCUUCAAGAACUUCGUCCAAAUAUGGGCAUUCAUCUGAUUCUUAUUCGCCAUCAAGACCAGCACCUGCAACGCCACAUCGUUAUUAUGAGGAACAUGAUUGCAGCCACGAGCAAACAUACGCAUACAAGCCGCGGGAGCCAAUCAAAUACAAGCCAAAACCAAGACCAACUUCACAUUAUGCCGAUUGUGAUUACGAAGUGCGUUACUUCACAUAAGAUUAGUUCGAUUUACCAAUUAAAAUAAUAGUAAAUUAUUUUUGAAAAAUUAAAGCAAAAG